ACGUACGUUAGACGAAGAAGUUCGCGGUAUAAUCCAUGUAUACGAGCCUGCAAUGCUGAAUGUAAGCGUCUUUUUGAUGUGACUCGAAAUGCGAAUUAAAUUGUGUUUUCAGAACGUAUACAAUAGGCAGGCAGAAGCCGCAUGAGUGAAAGGGUAAUGACGCGCAGAGGAGGUGAUCAUCACAGUGUUUUUUUAACAAAUGGCUCUAUCCGAGGUGCACGAUGUAGCUACGAUUAUUAGCAACAAUUGUUUCAGUGUUGACAAGAUGAAUUUGGAAGAUGAGGACAAUCAAGAUCUAAACAAUUCCAUGGUCAAUGAUUUAGUUUCCAAAAUUCUUGAUGAUGACUCUACUAUCGUUGAUCAUACUUAUAACAAUAGUUAUAAUAGCAAUUUUCCGUUUUUAUCAUUACCUCAUUUUUGCAACGCCGAUAGAAUGGAGGAUAAUUUAAAAAUUCCCCAAAAUGAUGCAAUUGAUUGUAAUGAUCAUUAUCCACUGAACAAAUUGAUGAACAAUAGUUGUAAUUCAAAUAUAAUUGAUCAAAAUUCUAGUAAUCUUUGUCAAGAGUUAAGAACAUUAAGUCUGAAUGGAUGUAUGGAACAACCUGUUAUAUCAGCAGAUCAAGGAAAUUUAUAUAGUAGUGGAAUGAUUAGAAGUGGAUAUAAUAGUAAUUCUCAUCAGUAUGCUGCACACUCUACCAAUGAAAGUUGCUGUAGUAUAACUAAUCCACCAGUUUGUAACACUUUAUUGACAACAGCAGAUGAAAUAAAUUAUUCAAAACAGUCUUCUAGUUGGCCAGAAACUUUAAUGACUCCAGUAACUACACAAGAUACUCUCACAAAUUAUCAACGGAUUCGAACAUCCAUUGAUUCAGAUUUAAAUUUUAAUGAUGCUUUAAAUUUAGCCUCAGAAUCACCAAAUUUGACUGUUAUGAAUGAAGCAGUAUAUUAUAAUAGCUUUAGAUCAAGUGCACCUUUAAAUUUACAUGAUAAUCCUACAGUUGCGACUCAUGAUUUGUACAAUAUGACUGGAAAUAAUCAAACUUAUAGACCAAACUCAACAAUGAUAAAUCUUAGUACAGAUGCUUCUUUUGGAACAAGUUCUUCACUGCAGCAUUUCACUUCUAGUGAUAUAACUCUGCAGAAUUGUUUUGGAAAUAAUACUCAACACAAUGGUAUUGCAGAGUACAAAGAUUUAUACGAACCUAUUAGAUUAAGUACUGGAAAUGUUACUAUGAAUAAUGAACAAGUUUGCUUAUUACAUCAGCAAACAUCUAAUUAUCAAAUAGAUCGAUCUGUGGACCAAAACCAUAAGCAUCCAAUUGACUGUUUUCCUUGUACUAAUGAAUGUGCUGUGCCAUCUAUUAAUGAUUUAGACACAAAUGAGAAUAUUUGCAUUAAUAGCAAUUAUGAUCAUAGAACUGAUAAUAAUUUAUUAAAGAUUAUAAAUACUAAGCCAAAGACUAUUGAAACAAAAAUGUACUCCUCUAUCGGUUUUCCAAAAAAUAUAAGCCCGCGAGAUGAAAAUGAGGCAAUAGUUAAAUAUGAUUAUCAUAAUUAUCAACAUAAUGUUACAAAGAAUGUGGAGAACUUGAAAACACUUUCGCAAAACUUUACGCCGUAUCACAAGGAUUUAAAGCAAUCUCAUACUAAUCCUGCAUAUAAAAUGCAAUCCUGUGGUUCAUCUGAUAAAGCAGCUUUUACAUCAAGAAAUCGUUUGACCAAUAAGAUUAAUGAAUCUGCUCUUGGAAGAGAUGUUUUCAAUUAUGUCAUAAAACAACAUCAAAUGCCAAGUGUUCAAAAUAUAUCUAGUAUUCCACCACCUGAUAUAAUGUUUAAUUCAACUUUAAUACCAAACAUGACUGCUGGAAGACCUGGAUUAUUCUCUCCAAUGAUGCCAGUUCCUGUUCCGCUUCCUAUUCCACCUAUUUACUCAAUGUUAUACGGUGGAGGACUCAAUAUUAAAGGCAGUAAUACUAUAGCAAGACGCACAGGUCCAUCAAGUAUAUUGCAUCUUAGAUUAGAACAAACUUAUGAACAAUUUAAACAAUUAGAAAAAGAAAGGAAGAAAUGUGAGGCUGGAUUAGCUGCACAGUUCCCUGGAAAAAGAGUAACCAGUGCAAAUAAUAUACCUAUUCCACGGCUUCAAGGAAAUCCAUCAAGAGUAGAUCGAUUAAUUAUUGAUUACCUACGAGAACAUGCCCGGGUGAUCACAUUAAUAGCAAAAAUGGAGUGCUUGCGUGGAAGUUCAAUGAAUCAACGUAUACACAAGGCAAUGCAGUAUUGGCUAGAAGCAAUUAAAUUCGUUCAAGACUGUCGAAAGCAGGAGAUCGCAAAUGCUACCAAACGUCAAAAAGAAAAUCCUCAUUGCAUUCUCGUGUAUAAUGAUAAUGAUAUAUUAACUCUGGCCAACAGUGUUCAUGAAUUGACAAAGGCAUCUCGUUAUGCAAGAAGCGGUAUGUACAAUGCAAUGCAAGCCACAUUGCUGUGCGAUUUGGAUUUAGAGAAGAAAAUCGUUGAGACUUCUGAUGAUCCAGUCCUUGUGAUAAAGCGUAUUGAAAAUCAGAAAACUCUUGGAAUCAGCAACCUUUCUAAUAAUAAUUAAAAAGUUCAUGAAAAUUCUUGCUUGUACAUUGGUUGAUAACAGCUUUUUAUGUAUUUGGCGUUCACAAACAUUUUUCAGUGGCUUCUAGAAAUGUUUUCUAUAAUCUCCUCUUUAAAACUUAGAAUGGCACUACAUACAAAAGCUACUUGGAGAGAGUUACGUGUGUUAGCUUAAAUGAGAAAAUAUUUCCACUUUUAUUAGUUCACUUCUGUGAAAGCUAAGUCUACUAACUUUUUACAAGUCAUUUGUAUAACUCCAUAGUUUUCUAAUAUGUAUUCAAUAUUUAAAAUCUUAUAAUCUAAAGGGUGUUUAUGGGGUAUUUUGAUGUGCACAAUUUAUGGUUCGAGUGUACAUCACAUAAUUGUAUGUAAACUUUGCUUAUUUGAUGGUACUAUAGAAAGCAAAAUGAUAAAAUGCCAAUUUUCUUUAUUCAUCAUAGCUGAGACCAUGUAUUUAUUUUCUAAAUUUAUCAAAUUUCUUAAUUCAUACAAAAAAAUUUUUCCUAUGAAAGCAUCUGAAAUGAUCAUUGAUUGACUGUUUCUCAGUUGCGCCAUGGGAUAAAUAAUCUAGGCUACAUUUUAUCGAUAUUGAUUUAGAUAAUAGGAAAUAAUAUUUUAGACUAGUUCAAUGUGGCCUUCCUUAAAUAUAUGACCCAGAUGUGUGUCAAGUAGACAAUUCCUUCGAAACUUUAGGCGAUAUUAUAUAUUCUCCAAUACUUUAAAAGAUUAAUAAUUGUAAAGGUGCAAUCGGAUUCGUUUCGAUAUAUGCAACAUUUUUGUUGUCUUUAAUAUAUAAUUAAAAUGCUAACUAUUGUACUAUGUACAUUAUUCACUGCAGUACAUAUACUUAAGACACAUUGGUUGCAUAUAAGAUUAAUGCGCAAAUUAGGUACAGAGUAUUCACCGAUGAACGCACAAUCACAUAACAUUUAUGUACACAUGCUAAACUUUUCAUAUAUCGUCCAUUUACACAUAUCUGUGUGCAUAGAUGUAACAUAAUCUCGUGAGUGUGCAUAAUAACAACGACAUGAUAUUUCUAACAAACAGAGAUAUCUUAGUAAAUUAGUAAUAUAGUAAUUAUAGUACAUUGAAGAGAAAAAUAUAUAUAUACAAUAGCGACACAUUGUGUUGGCUUCUUUGAUGCCAGUUGUUGGGUCUGUGUGAUCUUAAAACUGCCUCGAGCAUCUGAUUGGUGUUAUAAGAAUACUUGAAUAAUUUAAUUGAAACAUUGUACUUGGUAAUGCUAUAAACAAGAUAUUUAAAUGACCUAACCACUGCUGCCUAAUAUAGUAUAAAGCAUAUUACAUACAUUAACAAAAUAGGGUUUGUGAGAUAAUAACGACAGUUUUAGAUAUAUCAUUCUUUUAUGGAUAAUAGAUGUAGUACAAUUACUUGCAAAAUGUAAUAGAUUUAUAGUGAUGUGUAUGCUUUGUUUUGUUCUGUGAGGUAUUUAGUACAAGGAUUUUAGAAAUAGAGUAAAAUUUUCUUCUUUAAGAGCACACUUUUUGAAAGAUAUUAUAUAUGUAGUUUAGAAAUGUUUAAAUAUAUCCUCUUUAAGGAUUUAGUGUGGGAUAUUAACACGUUUUGAAAAAUGAUGAAUACGUAUUUGUAAUUCAGGAAUUUUCUGCAUUUACUCCAUCUUUAAGAAUAAGAGAAGAAUUCCUUAGAUCUCCUAGAACAUUAGAAUGUAGAAUGGGUUUUUUUUCAAAGUUAUAGAAGAUAGAGUCAUAUCUUCUUUCUACUAAUAUCACAUCCGCCCACUAUGAAAUGCAGAUUCACUCAGAUACGACAUUGAAAUAUGGAAGCCUAGGCAUGCUUUAAAUCACUAUUAUCCGUGUCGCUACUGUAUAUCAUUUUACAUCAUGACUUUAGGAAAGUAUAAAUUUAAUCGAUUAUAUUAUAAUGCUUCAUGAAAGCAAUUGUUUUUCACGUUAUAUAUUAUUAUCAGUUUUACCUCGUGUUAAGUGACCAUUAGUAUUCAAGACUUUAUAUCUCUUAGCAAACUCGCUACGCUUAUUCGUGGUUAACUUUAACCAGGGAUGUGAGGUCAAUAGGAUUUCACUGCCCAAACAUAUUUAUGCACAAAUUUAAAAAAUUAUUAUUGAAAAAUGGAAGUUUAUGUUAAAUUGAUAAAUCUUACAUUUAUUUUAUUUAGAUUUCCUAUGGCCUCAUAAUUCUAGCUAAUCGCACACAAACGGCAAUGCUAUUUUUGUACAACUAUGUUUAACAAUUUUAUGAAUAUCUAAAUGUUGGGGCCAAUCAGAUUGUAUUUCUGUAAAAGCUAAUUACCACAUCCCCAGUUAAGGUUUAAUCUGUAUAAGAAAAUACUUAUCAUUCGGGAGCAUGCAUUAUUUGUGUAUUUGUAUAUAAUUGCAAGGAUUUCUAAAGCAAUUGUAAAAAAAAAAUAUGUCGAUAGAUAUGUCUUCGGUAGUGCGUAUAGUAUGAUUGAGUGGUCGUUCCAAAUGUUGAAAGUUGUGUUUUAGUUUUUCAAAUAUAUAUAAUCAGGGAUCUUCUUUUAUUAAUUUAUAUUAAUAUUUCUUAUAAUAUGACCUUAUAUAUAUAUAUAUAUAUAUAUAUAUAUAUAUAUAUAUAUAUAUAUAUAUAUAUAUAUAUAUGUAUGUAUAUAUAUAUAUAUCGUAAUUGCUGGUUGUUCAUCCCUUGUCCAAGAAAUACUUGUAAACGUGUCAAUUUUGACAUUAACUCCGGUAAAAACGUUGCAAUACUACAAUAUUAGACUGUACCGCAUUAGUUUACGUGAUAAUAUAUUGCGCAUUAUAUAAUAUUACCUCAAAAGUUGCCAUGAAACAAGUCUUCUUUUCAGUGUAAGCUAUCAUGGUGGACAUGAGUUGAACAUCCAGUAUGUUAACACAUGUGAUAAUGUUAAAUAAUUUAUGCUCUACGUUAAUUCAAACUAACCGGAAAUAAUGAAAAAGUAGUGAAUAAUUAAACAUUAAAUUGAAUACCAAUCGUGAUAGGAAACGCGCGCAAAUAUGUGCGAAUCAUAAUUAUUAUAAAAUUAUUGAUACUUUCGA